AUGAGGCAUCUCCUUCUGCUGCAGGUGUCCGUGUGGUACCGCGGGGCCUUCAACUGUGGCGGCUCGCUGCUCAGUUCCAGCUGGGUGCUCAGCGCAGCUCACUGCAUGGCGGGAGAGGGAGCAGUGCUUGAGGACUGUGUGUUCCAGCUGGAGUCACCGCUGGAACUGGGCGCUGAACUGCGUCCUGUCUCGCUACCGGGUCCCCAGCAGGCAGUCAGCGCCGGCACCUCUGCGCUCGUCAUGGGAUGGGGCUACGCAUACAGGUUUCAGAUCUUGAAGAGAUUGUUGCAGCUGAUGCCAGUGUUACUGCAGACCAACAGCGGCGUGGUGAUGGGCCGGCUGCAGGUGGCCGAGGUGGCCGUGUACUCGCGCAGUGACUGCAACCGCGCCCUGGACGGCGCGCUCACCUCUAUCAACCUCUGCGCCGGCGCCCCAGAGGGCGGCAGGGGCAGUGCACGGUGA